CUCAUCUUUCUUCUCAUACUACCAUUGAAGUCCCUCACUCACUCACUACUUACUCCCUACCAAACCCCCUCCAUCCACUACUCUACCUAGCAUACACAGUAUCUCCCAACCAUGAGACUCGAUACCCUCCUAACAACAACCCUCUGGGCCACUACAGCCCUCGCCGCAGCCAAGCCCAUCAUAGAGAACCGAGACCUCGCCCCAGCGACACCCGCAACAGCAGCAAUGCACACCCCCAACGCCGCAGCAUCGGCUACACCUAGUUCUCGGGCGUCGGCUAGUGCCUCUGCGUCUGCGUCGGGUGCCUCGGCGCAGUAUGAGACGAGUAAUGAGGGUGAUGACGAUGAUGAUUACGAUGAUGAUGAUGGUGGUCACGACGAUGGUGACUACGAAGAUUAUGGUGAUGAUGGAUAUGGAAAGGAGGAUCCCAAGGGGGGUGAUGAUGGUCAAGGGGACAAGGAUAAUAGUGAUCCGCUUGAUUUCUUGUCGGGGAUUUUGGGAUUGCUCGGUGGAUUGGGUCUGCGGUAAAUUGAUUGAUCAACACGGGCAGUCUGCUUCUACACACCGUCUUCUGACGUUUCUAUCUCGGUUCUAUCUUCCUAUCUUGUUCAAUUGACGAUUAUUUUCUGAUGAGAUUAUGCGGAGAGUGACGGAGGUGUUCAUAGGUUACUU